AUGGGGUCCGAUCCGCAGUACAUAAAGUACCCGAACCUCACCCUCGCUCAGCAUGUCUUCAACCUCUCCAAUCCGUCAUGCGCGCCGUCGGUUCAGCAGUCGUCGCUGAAGAAGGUCCAAGAGGCCAUCUCCGAACACAAGAUGGCUCCGUUCUACCGGUACCUCGCACACCCUGUUGAAGGCAUCCUGAACCACUCCGGUGAAGGUGUGCCCCAGCAUCAAGGCAGCUCCAAACCUUUGAUCGUCUCGAAUAUGCUUGCAUCCCGGAAAUCGCCCCAGAACAUUGACUUUCCCUGGGAUGAGUCCCUGUACCAGUCGCUAGUGGAGGAGAACAAGAAAGAGCUGGACGGAUUCAAGAAGGAGGAAGAUGAGGCAGAGGAAGCCGCCGGCGAGACGGAGGUGUUGGCUGCUCGGGGGAAGCGUGCUGAAUUCUGGGCGCGUGUUGGUGAUAAGGACAAAGCCAUCGAAUCCCACGAAGCGCUCCUUGAGAAAACGUCGUUCCUCGGAACGAAGAUUGACCUGGUCCUGGCUAUGAUCCGGAUUGGUCUCUUCUUCGGCGACACCCUAUAUGUCAAGAAGAGCAUCGAGCGUGCAAACACGCUCAUCGAGAGUGGUGGUGACUGGGAUCGGAGGAACCGCCUCAAGGCUUAUAAGGGACUGCACUUGCUCACUAUCCGCUCCUACAGCCUGGCAGCCCCUCUUCUUCUCGACAGCUUGUCCACGUUUACGAGUUACGAGCUUUGCAGCUACUCUGCGUUGGUGAUUUACUCCGUUCUCGCGGGAUCGCUGUCCUUGAAGCGGGUUGAUUUCAAGGCAAAGGUUGUCGAUGCUCCGGAGAUUAAGGCUAUCCUUGGGUCUGCUGAGGAUCGGUUGGCUGCGUUGACCGGGGAGGUUUCGUCCGGACCCAGUGCCCAGGACGAGGAGAUGAAGGAUGCUACUACGUCGAAGACUACCCCCAGGAACGCUACUACGGUGGUGAACUUGACCACGCUGGGAGCUGGAUCCGGUAUCCAAGCGGAUGCCGAAGUCCCCGUGGAUUUCUCUCCCUUGGCCAACCUGGUGGAUAGUCUGUACAGCGGCAACUACCGCUCCUUCUUUGUGGCACUGGCGGCGGUGGAAGACAACUUCCUGACCCAGGAUCGGUACUUGUAUGAGCACCGUGCGUGGUUUGUGCGUGAGAUGAGACUGCGUGCCUACCAGCAGCUGCUCCAGAGUUAUCGGGUGGUCGGACUUAACAGCAUGGCCAACGAUUUCGGCGUGACUGUUGACUUCUUAGAUCGUGACCUGGCCAAGUUCAUCUCCAGCAACCGCAUUGCUUGCACGAUUGACCGCGUGAAUGGGAUUAUCGAGACGAACCGGCCGGAUGACAAGAACAAGCAGUAUGCGGAUGUGGUGAAGCAUGGUGAUGCACUGAUCACGAAGCUUCAGAAGUACGGCCAGGCGGUGCGGCUGCGCGGAAGCGAACGGAGCUGA